GAAACUCACGCAGCCCAACUCUUUCGAACACUCGAGCUUGUAUUCUGGGCCUCUUCAUCGCUUCCUUGGCCUCUGCGAGUCGACGACGACAUAUUCACUCUUUUACAGUUGCAGCAUUCGCUACUGGUCGUGAUUAGGCAUAUGCCCUUCGUGCAAGUGCUGCGGCCGUUCAGUCGCUGCACUUGUCGGCAAAGCGCUUUCUCUUUCCAGCGGACAAGUCGGUCGCUGUCAACCACGACAAAAGACACCGAGGCAGCGGAAGCGGAGAAUGACUUGGAUGCACUGCGGCGGAAGCGAAGGACAGAGUGGAAGAGACGGCAGAAUGCUUGACCGCAGGGGCAAACAUUUCUCGACCACAUAGUCGUCCGUGUCCGUGGAGGUGCGUGCCGCCGACGGGUCAUGCAGUACCUGCUCACUUCUACGGUGCUCAGGAAAGGGUGGCGACGGGUGCGUCGCGUUCAAUCGCGAGAAGUUCAAGCCCUACGGACCGCCGUCUGGCGGGAAUGGCGGGCGCGGCGGAGAUGUCUACAUCAUGGCGACACCGCAUCUCACUACCCUAUCGUCCGUGUCGUCUCGAAUACGAGGGCAGGCAGGAGGCACUGGGCAAGGUACUUGGCAGAACGGGAGAACGCACCGCCAACCAUCAUCAGGGUUCCAGUCGGUACCAUUGUGCGUGAACUCUCGCGCGACGACCCACGACGAGCCAGAGACGAGUACGAGGCCGAGGAGGAAGCGCUGCAAGGGCUCGAUCCAGAGGAACGCAAGAAGCAACUGCGCGCACGGAGAUGGGCGCACUACCCGACGUACGAGGACGAGAACAUGGAGCGCAGCUUCUUCAAGGAAGCUGAGCGUGCGCUGUAUCGCGAAGAGCGCGAGCGGAGGCACUUGCGGCGACAGAAGGCCAUGAGCCCUAUCUACCUCGACCUCGAGAAGUCGGGUGAGCCGGAAGACAAUGACGUGGAUCUGAACGCCCCGCUGGGCCACCGAAGACCGGACACCAUGGGCCAUCUCAUCGCGGCGGGCGGGCACGGCGGAGUGGGCAACCCGCACUACCUGUCGACGGAGAACCGCUCGCCGAAGUUUGCCACCCGCGGGUUGGAUGGCGAGCGUAUCUCCCUGUCGCUUGAGCUCAAGCUCCUGGCGGACAUCGGCCUCGUUGGCAUGCCGAACGCCGGGAAGAGCACCCUUUUGCGGGCGCUGACCGGCGGACGCGCCAAGACGGAGGUGGCGGGGUAUGCGUUCACGACUCUCAACCCUGUCGUAGCUGUCAUACGCGUUGCAGACGACGGUAGCUUCCAGGGCUCGGACGGCACUGUCUACGACGAGACUUGGGUAGAGGCUCAGCACGAAAAAGAACUUAUGGAAAGCGGCGCGCUUGCUGACGCACUCACGCGGAACCAGGCGCGGGCAGCCGAGGAAGAUGACCCGCUCGAGUCGUUCCGCUUCACAGUCGCGGACAACCCGGGGCUCAUCGCGGAGGCGUCGUCGAACGUCGGCCUCGGCCACUCCUUCCUCCGGGCAAUCGAGCGCUCGCACGCGCUGGUAUAUAUCGUGGAUCUCUCGUCGCCUGCGCCGUGGGACGAGCUGCGGGUGCUCCGGGACGAAAUCGAGAAAUACAAGCCCGGAUUGAGCCCGAAGGCACGCAUGGUGCUCGCGAACAAGGCCGACCUACUUGGAGGCCCGGGCGAGGAUGGUCAGGAGGACCCGCACGCUGUGCUGGAGGCCCGCGAGAAGUUGAAGAAGCUAGAAGAGUUUGCGGAGAGGGAGAUGAAAGUGCAGGCUCAGGACCCGGCGGGAAACGUGGUUGGCGAGAGGGCUCCGGACGUCAUUCCAAUCUCGGCGAAGCAUAGUCUGAACUUACGCAAAGUCGUGGGGCUGAUGCGCAGGUACGUGGAGGAGGCAAGGCGAGAAGAGGACCCGUCGCAGAAGUCGGUGGUCCUGAAGGAUGUGUCGAGGUAACGAUAGGGGGCGGCAGACUUUGUUACCUAUCUACCUAUCCUCGCUUUCGAGCCAGUGACUAAAAAGCGCCAUGAGGGUUAGACUGCGAGGAUCGUUUCUGACAUUCAGGUCAGUACCAG